AUGAAAGCUGCUCUUGCUCUCGUCUUUCUUUCUUGCAUUGUUGGUUCAAUGGCUUCGGAUUCUCGUAGCCAAUUUGUAGAUCAACUUGUACAACAAGGACAAGUUGUUGCUCAGGCUGUUUUUACUCAACUUCAACAACAAAUCAUUAGUCUUGUUCAGCAAGCUGUUAAUCAACUCUCAUCUCUUGUUAGUUCACUUGGUCGAUUUGACUUGAGCUGGGACGGCAUUGUUCACCAUUUCUCAUCCAUUUUAAAUCAUCUUAUCGGUAACGCUAUUGGUUCAGUUAUUCAGGGUUUUCUAGGUGGCCCGCCUAGUCGUGGCUUCGUUGAUCUUGCCGGCGUCUUCCACGCAUUCCUCCAACAAAUCAAAGAAGCCAUCACUCAAAUGGGUCAGCAAAUACUCAGUCAAGGUUUAGCUGCUGCUCUUAGUAGCUUUGGUGGAUCACGUGGUUUUGGUGACAUCUUUGCUACUCUUCAACAACAAAUUGCUAACGCUGUCACAGUUGCUCAAGGUGUCCUCCAAGGUGCUCUUGGCAACCUAUCUGCUCUUGGUUCAACCGUACUUGAUGCUUCAAAAGAACACUGGGAACAACUUCAAGAACAGCUUGUUGGUCAUGGUCUCAAUGCUCUUGGUUCAAUCUCAGAAACCAUCAAUAACCUUCACGGUACAAUCACCGGUGGUCGUUAA